GCAAUCAAGGAAGGCAAUGCAGAAGACCUUGAAUUCUACGGCACUCAUUUCGACUACGACUUCUACAAAACUGCAGCCAAUUUCUCUGGCUCGAAACCUGGCGAUGUUCUCAAACUCGAGCCAAUUCCCCCAUCCAAUCUCAGCACACCUGCUGGUGUCGCUGCGUACAAGAUUCAGUACACGAGUGCCGACAUCAACGGCUCUUAUGUGCAUGUCACCGGCUUUAUUGCUUUACCUUUUGCUCGGACUACGGAACCCUUCAACUUAGUCGCGUAUGCCCACGGUACUAGUGGAGUCUUCCGCGGCUGUGCACCCUCGACCUCCCCGAGCCUGUACGACUAUACGAGCUGGAACCAACUUGUCAUUGCGGGAUACGCCGUUGUGGCUACGGACUAUGCUGGUCUUGGCAACAACUACACGUCUCAUAAGUACGUAGCGAGCGCAGCUAAUGCCAAUGACACAUAUUGGUCUGUUGUUGCCGCUCGCAACGCAUUUCCAAAUGUCUUGUCGUACAACUGGACAUCUAUCGGUCACUCGCAAGGUGGCGACGCAGUGUGGAAGCUGUCCGAGCACAGUCUUGUCCAGGAUCCAGCCAGCGGGUACUUGGGAGGCGUGGCCGUUGCGCCUGUCUCCAAGACCUACGAUGCACUUGCUUCCCUUGACGAGCUCCGAAAGCUCCUUGUAAAUUCAGGGUCAGAUUCCCCUCUCACAUUGGGUGUGUUGCCGUCCGCUGUGCUCGGAGUCAGGGCAACGUUUCCAGACUACGACGCCCCAGUCAUUUCGCAGACGAUGAAGACCCGAAUCGAGCUUGCAAAGAUCGGCCAGUUCUGCGACGCCGCCAUCUCCGGUCUGACGAGCGAUUUGGGCUUCGAUGCUCUAUCUAACUUCACCGCCGAGUCGGACACGAUCUUGAAGCAAUUCCAGGAGCUGAACGCUCCUGCUCAAGGUGACAGUGCUUCCAAGCCCCUGCUUCUGAUUCUUGGGGCGGAGGAUACUAUUGUUUCGGAGGAGUCUGGUACUGCUUCAUGGAAGGACUCUUGUGGGCACGGGAAUAUCAUCCAUUUGAGUGUAUACCCGGGCCUAGAUCACAGUGCUGUUUUGACGGCUGCGACACCUGAGUGGCUCAGGUUCAUGCAGGAUCGCUUUGCUUCGAAUCCGGUUAAGAAUCAAUGUAUGAACGAGACUAAGAUUCCGUUCGAUCUUGACAACGCUCAGCGGCCGCUGGACACAUACUAA